AUGAUUGAAGUGAUUGUUAGUGAUAGAUUGGGUAAAAAGACAAAAGUCAAGUGCUUAGAAGAUGAUACCGUAGGUGACUUGAAGAAAGUUCUAUCGGUUCAAAUUGGCAGCCUUCCUAGUAAGCUUGUAUUACAAAAGGGAGGAACCGUUUUAAAAGAUCAUAUAACGCUUGGUGAUUAUGAAAUUCAUAGCGGUACCAAUCUAGAAUUAUACUAUGUGUAA